CGUGUGGGGCGCCGCGGGCCGGCCGGGACGAGGGCGGGGAUGCCAUGGCGGCCACGUUCUUCGGCGAGGUGGUAAAGGCCCCGUGCCGGGCUGGGACGGAGGACCAGGAGGAGGAGGAAGAGGGGAGGAGGGAGACGGCCGAGGACAGGGAGGUCCGGCGGCAGCUGGCUCGGAAGAGCCUCGGUGUCCGUGGCAGGGAGGUGCGGCUCUUUCGAAGGCAGACAAAAACAUCUUUGGAAGUUUCUCUGCUGGAAAAAUAUCCUUGCUCCAAAUUCAUAAUUGCUAUAGGAAAUAAUGCAGUAGCGUUUUUGUCGUCAUUUGUUAUGAAUUCAGGAGUCUGGGAAGAAGUUGGCUGUGCUAAACUCUGGAAUGAAUGGUGUAGAACAACGGACACUACACAUCUGUCCCCUGCAGAGGCCUUUUGUGUGUUUUAUCAUCUGAAAUCGAGUCCCUCGGUCCUCCUCUGUCAGUGCAGUUGCUAUGUUGCUGAAGAUCAGCAGUAUCAGUGGCUGGAAAAGGUCUUUGGCUCUUGUGCAAGGAAGAAUAUGCAAGUAACUCUUCUCACAUGUCGACAUGUUACUGACUAUAAAACUUCAGAAUCUAUUAGCAGCCUUCAUUCUCCUUUUCUGAAAGCCCUAAAAACACAGAAUUUCAAAGAGCCUCCAUGCUGUUCACUGCUGGAACAACCAAAUAUCGUACAUGAUCUUCCUGCAGCAGUUCUGAGUUACUGUCAAGUGUGGAAGAUUCCUGCAGUUCUGUACUUGUGUUAUACUGAUGUGAUGAAGUUAGACCUAAUCACAGUUGAAGCUUUUAAGCCUAUCCUUUCUUCCAGAAGCUUGAAAGGUUUGGUUAAGAAUAUUCCCCAGAGCACAGAGAUACUGAAGAAACUGAUGACGACAAAUGAGAUUCAGAGCAACAUCUAUACGUGAUCCCAAAGAUCGUUUUGUGAAGUGUUACUACCCAUCCAUUCCUUCGAGGGGAGCAGUGUGUAUGGUUUUGUUGUUGUUGUUUCCAAGGGGGUAUUUUACGGGUAUACAAACAGAAUAAACUUAUUUUAAAUUCA